AUGCCGCGCUACAAGCGGACAAGAGACGAUGCCGAGCUCGAUCUGCCUGUUGAGGCGCAGGUCGCGCCCGAGGACUUGGAAACACUCACAAAGCUCCGGAAUAUGUGGGAGUUUGCUAGCUUGAUGCAAUACAUUUUCCUGUUUGGACAUGUUGUCAAGAUUGACGAUGACUUCGAUAUCGAGGACCUCGAAGCAGAGUGUUUGAAGCCCACACCCUCGGAACGCCUUGCGCAAAUCGGUCUUCAAUUCCUCAAAUAUGUCUCAUCGCAUCGCGGGCUCACACCAGAGAUAUUCGACGAGUACACACGACGACAGUAUGUUGCCAAGGCUCCACAGCGCAAUCCCUUCGGCGAAGAUGAGGACUCUAUCAAGUUCAACGACAUGAGCAUAUACACACGGAUACAAAUACUGCAGCAGCUCAGCGUUUGGACUUUUGGCAAUGUCGAUCGAAUGAGGGGCAUGAUGCCGGAGGACGAAGAUGACCUCAAUUGGCGCAUGGAACCGCUGGGCUGGGAUAAGGAUGAUCGAGCAUACUUUGUCUUGGACGACAACCGACUGUACCGCCGCUCUGAUGAACCAUUGCCACCUCCUUCGCCAGUGCAGAAGAAGAGCAAGCCGAAGCCGAAGCCGAAGAGCAAAGCGGCGAAGAAGGACGUUCGACCCCGCACGCGCGGUACCCGAUCGAGCAAACGUCAGAAGGUGGAAGAGAGUGAGGAGGAGGAGGAGCCCGAGGAGGAGCAAGAAAUGGAACACACCGCGGUGGACGACACUACAUGGGAAUUGAUUGCGAUCACACUUGAGGAGUACCAGGAAUUCUUGGCCACGAUUUUCCGCUCGCGCGAUCCGAACGAGAAGCGGCUUCGUGCCCGGAUUGAGGAAGACGUGCUCCCAAUCAUUGAGAAGCGGGCCGAGGCUGUCCGACAGAAGCAAUUGAAGAAGUUGCGAGAGUUGGAGAAUGAGCAGAAGAUGGCCACGGCCAAGCGGUCCAGUCGUUUAGCAGGCAAGGCUGAGCGAGAGGCGCAAGAGCGUGCAGAACGGGAAGCUGAAGAGAAGAAGAUUGCCGAUCUCAAGAUGGCGAGGGAAGAACAGGAGAGGCAGAAACGCAUUGAAGAGGGACACGAAUCGCGGAGACUCACACGUGAGCAGAGAUUGCGCGAGCGCGAGGCGAAACGCAUUCUUCACGAGGAGGAGCUGGCCAAAUUGGAGGAAGAUGCCGAGCGCGCAGGCUCACAAGGCCCAGACAGCGACUCAAUCGCCGAAUCGAAACGCAUCUCCGAACGCCAGCGUGUCACUCAAAAGGAGCAGCACAAGAAGGAAUUGGAAAAGCUCGCCGAGGAAGAAGGCAACUGGUUCUUUGACUGCUCUGUCUGCGGAGUGCAUGGCGAGAACCUGGAUGACGGGACACAUAGCGUGGCUUGCGACAGGUGCAACGUCUGGCAGCACAGCAAGUGCCAUGGCUUCGCAGCGAAGCAGGCUGAAAAGGAGGACUUCAGCUUCAUCUGCGCCACUUGCAGGCGGAAGGAGGAGGACGCGAAGAAGCCCAAGAUCCCACCGCUCAAGCUCACGAAUCGCGGCAGCGGC